UAUUAACCAAACCAAUGAUUUUAAUAAUAAAAAAGUUCAUAGUUCAAACAAAUAUAGUCUGAUAAUUCUAAGUCAAUCUAAUAAUUAUUUAAGUCUAAGUGUUUUGAACAAUAAGUCAAGUACAAACUAUAAAUCAGACUAUGUUGGUGGAGGUUUGGCGGUUCUAGAAUCAAUUCCGAUUCGUGUGAAACGAUUUAUGAAUAUUACCAAAAAUUCACCAAGCAUACAUGAACCUAACUCCAAAAUUAAACAAGGCACAUUCGAUAAUAACGAUUUAUAUCCAAAUUCACACAAAAAAUUUGUUAAUAAGAAAAAACUUCAAAAGCUAAUUAUGGACGGACUCGGACUAAAGAAGCUGCCUGACAUGAAGAAGGCAAACAUAAGUCAAUUAGAAUAUGCCACUAAAUAUAUAGAAUAUUUGGAUCGUCUUAAAAAAAGUGGGAACACCUUAUACCUGAACGAUUCCCUCGGCCUCUCUUCUGCAAGUCUACAAAUGUUUAGCGUCGCAACAAGUAGCUUUAAAGACAUAUCUCAGAAACGUUGGCGCAAUAAACGUGCAUCGAACAAAAAAGAACACACAAAUCAAUCAAAAAAAAACUCAUACAACAAUGAUAAAACGAAUAUUCUUUUGCAUUUCCCUCUCAAUUCCAGUGAUGCCCCCAUACACUAUGAGAAUAUAGAUGAAGCGAAUGUAAGGCUAAUGAUGGUGUACAGUCCGUCCUUGGCAUCGCUUAAUUAUCGUAAGACACGGUUGCAUACAGAUAUAACCAAAUUCGGAUCUGGAACAGAAAAAAAUAGCCGAAAAAUUAAUCACUUAACUAGAAAGAAAUUUAACUGUAACGGAGACCAGGUACAAAAGUUCUCAAUUCAACAAAAGGAUAGAAACUAUUAUCGUAAUCGGAACCGUGAUCGCGGUCGAAGUCAAAUGUUAAAUAUUAAGCUUUAUCAGCUUUUACCAAUGACCAAGCGUCAACUAGUUGAUUCCAAAACAAUUAAAUUUGAGACUUCAGAAUAUGAUAGAACAAUCGAAGACACCCGAAGUCAGUGGCUGGAAUUUGAUGUUACAGAUACAGUCCGUAGCUGGUUAAACAAAACCCAAGAAAAUCUAGGCAUUGAGAUACAAUGUGAUAAGUGCAGGAGAAUUGGAGCUCGCAUUCUGAAUGACUUUUCAUCAUCUAACGGUCAUAGUAACCAGAGCGAUGACAAAGAUGGAUUUCACCUGACGCCUGUUCUUAAUAUCAUUGGACAAUUGAAUAGCUUGUAUCAUCAAAAUAAUAAUAAAAGCAACAAUUAUAUCUAUCAUCGUUCAAAUUACGGUCAUAUGAAGAAAGUAAGAAAAUGGAGAAAUAGUUGCUUUAAAGACCAUCAACGUUGCUGCAGACAUGAACUUGACGUAGUUUUCAAGGAUAUUAAGGGAUUCGAGUUUAUAAUACAACCAAAAAUAUUCGACGCUGGUUUCUGCAGGGGUCGAUGCCCUCCGAGGCACAACCCAGCGCACCAUCAUGCUCUUCUGCAGAGCUUAAUAUGGCAGCAAGACCACAACAGUGUUCCACGACCUUGCUGCGCACCGUCGAAACUUUCUGAACUAGAAAUAUUACAUGUAGACGAAGAUCAUAGCGAUAAGCUCAAAAUUUCAACAUGGAGCGAUAUGCAAAUUUUGGAAUGUGCUUGCUCAUGAAUGUCUAUCUCAGUCAAUCAUUAAGUGUAAUCUAGCUAAUACUCUACAAUAAAAAAUACAUGCAAUAACUGUUACAGCACUAAUA